ACUCAAUGGGAAUUUUGUAGUGAAAAUCAUUCGAAAAGGGUUGGUAAGCUUGAGCAAAGUUUACAGUGAUAGCAAGACAUUUGAAGAUGAAUCCCUGAAACUUGUUGAGCUGUGUUGCUCGCAGUUUCAUUGUGUGCAAAGAGGAAAUGAAAAAGAACGGCUGGUCGCAAGUCCUGCAGCUAUCAUUAACUGGACAAUGAAGCUAUGUGAUGAACUGGUGGCAAACCAAAGUUCAAGUUCUCAGUCAAUUGUGUCAAUGUCCAGCAGUGUGUCCAAGAUAAAAGAUUUGUAUGAAAGCAUAAUUGUUAAUGGAAUUAUAAAGGAGGAAUGUAAAUUGCCUCGGCAUGCGUGUGUGGUAUGGUUUAAUAUAGAAAUAUUCACGUUUGAGGGAAUCAACAGAGUACUGAAGCCAAAAAUUCAUUCCGAGGGAUUUGAAGAUGUGAUCGAGCAAACAGCAGCAAUAGUAAGGAGAGAUCCCGAAAAUAAACAUUUCAUUUGUGCCACCGUGCUUUCAAAAUGGUUAAAGUUGUUAGAAAUUUCUUCUGUGACCAACUGGUUUGCUGCUCAAGUGGCCAAACAUGACUUAGUCGUACACUUGGAAAGUUCGAAGGAAGGGAUAAGUAUUUCUGGCAACAUAAACGACACCUCGCUUAUUUGUCAAGUCUUUGAUGCCAUUAAAUCCCUUAUGGGCUCAGAUGACAAGUACGAAUGUUUUUGCGAGAAGGAAAGAUUGAUAAUCUUGUUUAAUUUUCCUGAAGUAUUCCGACUUCUCCCUAAGGCUUGUAUCAAGCUCAUUCAAUCAACUAGAGACGUUUGCACCAAAGUCAUUGAGGAUAUAUUCUCUAUACUAGCAAACAACCUAACCAAAAACGCCGCCACCAAAGGUUCAUAUCCAUAUCAUUUUGAUGAUUUUGGUGUUUGGAUUGAAGAGAGGGCUGAAAACUUUAUGCUCAUAGAUGAACAUACGGGUGCAUUGGAUCACAAGAAGCUAAGUCUCAAUGCGAUAACUCAAGCGCUGCUUACUAUUCCAGAUAAGCAACAAGUGUUGAAGAUUCUUCAAAUAUGGAAGCAAACCUUUCCUGAUGACAAAUCGCAUCGUGUACUGUCAGAGUUGUUUGUUCUGGUCAUUGAAGUAAUAGAGUUGAAGAGAGAAAGCAUAGUCAUUGAUAUGGAGAACCUUGUCAUUUUUUUGACAGAAUGUCGUACUCAGCUUAUACAUACAUUACCUCUCUGUCGGACAUUGCUGCCAAGUCUUAUGAAUGCUUUGCCCAAUUCCUGGUAUCAUCCAGAAAAUAUCAACGUUAUGAAAAUACAUUUUGACAAAAUGACAUUUGUGGGCAGUUACUCAUAUCAUAGUGUAUCUAACGUCGAUUCUUUUCUUACGUUACUGAAAAGUAAACCAGUGCCUGAGAAAGUCAAGACAAACAUUCUUCAACUUGGCAUGGAUCUGCUUGGAGAAGUAAACUAUGCAAAUGGGUACAGUGAAUCUAUUUCCCCACUGACUUUGUCACUUCUUUCGCUAAGAGAUAACGCGAUGGUCAGGCGGUAUGCGCUAGAACUGCUCAAGAUUGUGGAAGAACGUGGUUCUGCUCUUGAUAAUUUCUAUCCAAUAAUGAAUAUCAUAAAUGCUAUCGGGAAGUCUUGUCUCAUCGAAAGAAAGCAAGAGAUGCUUGAAGAGUUUGCACGUCUUUUAAAAGGAACAAGAGAGGGAAAUGAAACUGCUAUGCUCAGCGCCUGCCGUGAGUUUCUCAAAUUCUCCGUAAAUGAAAAAAAUACAAAGAGAUUUUUUGUUUUGGCAGCUACGGGAUCUCAUAAUUCCUAUCAAUUUAUCGUGACCUGCUUGAAUUACAACCAGGAAAUACUUAAAGGUCACACGAGAGUGAACUGUCAUGUCAACUUCCUAUUGAAAAUCAUUACUGAAAAACUUACCUCGCAUGCAGGCCAUUUAGAGUUACUGACGAAAGUAUGUGACAAGUGUAUUUUGAGGUAUGACAGAGGAAAGUUUAAUUUUCCCACUAUUGAAAUUUUCGAGACGAUGGUUGCUACAGUUUCUCACGACAUUGCGGUUAGUGAAUUUGACGUGGAUCUGAAUGAAGCAACUUUGAGAGUGACAAUUGCGGCAGUGGACACGCACCGACAAGAUCCUCCGAUCGAUUUUCACUCGUUCUAUGUAGACUUGAAUCGUGCUUUCCGUGAAUCAAAACACUUCAAGCAACAGAGUCUCAGAUAUGUCACCAUGGAAGUACUUUGCUUAAUAGCCAAGCUUCCUUUUACUUUGAAGCGAAUAAAAUGUUUGAUACAAAGAUUCAUGGCAAUCUUUGAUCAGGACAUCACCCACGAUCAAGAAGUUCUCAACGUCCUUUUCAAAUUACUUCAAAUGAACAGCAAUGGUCUACUCUCUUCACUAGAUGACAAUGACGUUUAUUUAACGUUUGAAAAGGUGCUAGUUCCAACUAAUAUCAGCAGUUCUAAUGCAUCUGUAAGGUGUAGUGAUUAUCUCAUUUUGGACCAUUAUAAAGCGAUAAUAGCUUUUGAACAAACCUUGUCAUCGUUGGGACUGUCAAGCGAAAGUAACCAUUACAUGGCCCAAAAGAAAGAAAAAAACCAGGAUUCUCAAUAUUCAUCGUUUACUUCUGAGUUUGUUGAGGCCAUCACAAAAAGGGUUUGGGAGACAAAUCUAAAAGAGAAAGACGAGGAUUUCAAGCAGAUGAUGCUUCCUGUCCCACCCAUUUUGACCCCUUUGAUUGGCAGAUGCUUAAAAGAAUGUUAUAAAUCUGGCUUCAAUGAUCAACCCAGUGUCAAAACUCUCACAGAGGAGGUCCUAGAGAAUGCUGGAAGCUGGAGAAAACUUGAGAUUGAAAUUGAUGCCAUAGGACAAAUAUUAUCAAAGCUUUCACCCGAUGAAAAGCUGGGCCCUUUACUUGUUGAACAUAUGAGACAAUGCUACAUACUUGGUAUUGGCGAAAAGCCGAGUUCAAAGACCGUUAUUUUGUCUAUUCUUAAAGGUUUUGAGCCGUGGAAAAAACUCAAGAAUGAAAUAAUGUACAUAGAGAAAGAAGUUAUCAAUGUUUCCCCUGAUUUGGUUCCAUAUACUAGCACGUGUGCAGAAGAAUGCCGUAAUAGCGUUGACGUUGGUGAAGAGCCAAAUGUAAAAUCUCUUACUCUCCAGAUUCUUAAAAGCUUUGAGUUUCAUAAAAGAUUGGAGAUUGAAAUAGAGAAAAUGGAAAAAGAAUUAUCACCUGAUGUACCAGAGAUUGUUCCUUCGAUUGCUGAGUGCAUGAGACAGUGCUAUAUAGCUGGGCUAAAUGAGGAACCUAAAAUAAAACCAGUUAUUCUUCAGAUGUUUGAAGUUAUUGAUCAGUGGAAGGAGCUCUAUGCCAAAAUAUCAGGUUGUUCAGAGUUAGCCUUCUUAGUCAUGGCAUGCAUCAGGCAUUGGUAUGUUCUUGGUCUGAACGAAGAGGGAAAGAGAACUCGGGAUUUCAUUGUGCAGAUUAUUGAAGCUAUCGAGCUGUUCACUUGGAAUGACGAUGAGAUGAACAAAGUAAAUAAAAGUUGUCUCAACAUCCCAAAACAAUUGUAUUUGAUAUUCAAGGAAGCCAAACACAACGAAGAAGCCAAGAAAGGGAUAGUUAAGGCAUUUGACGUUGUUAGAAAACUAGAUCCGUCAGUUCAUGCGGAAGAUAAGAGCAGGGAAUCCCUAAUUCAACUUGACUUUUAUUUGCUUCUGAAGGAGUCUUCUGUCACAGCAACUGAUGUAUGUUCUGCUAUGCUCAUCCGCAAAGGCCUCGAUGACAGUUAUCUGCUUGAUUUCUCAACAAAUUUGUUGGAGAAUGAGUAUGAUAUUUUUGAUCCAGUUGAGGGAUACAUGGACUUGGAAAUAUUCGUCUUUGGUCAUGCUUGCGCCAGCGAACCAAGAGAGAAGGAAAAAUCCGAAUUUCCGUCACCUGGAUAUGUGGCGUAUCUGGUAUUAAACCAACUAAGAAGAUUAGGAGUUCCUGAUAGUGAUCUACGAGAAACGACACAAAACGUUUGUAAUAAGCUUUUAUGUUAUGCGUUCCGAGAUCACGGCGAUAGGUCAGCGUAUAGUAUUUACGGCGGCAGUGCUGAUGAUAAACUGAGAUUUUCGUUCAACCUUAUGAAUGAAUCAUCGUAUCUUGCCGAGUUUGAAUACUGGUUAAGCAGUCAGAAACCGCAUCACUUUGUCGCAGAAUAUGACGAUGUUAUCAUUAAAGCUGUUUCAUGGAAAAAAGGACGCAAAAGCUGCGAGGAGGCAAUACGUAUGAACGAGGAAGUUUACAGAACACUUUCAAAGCUACACAAAUUAUCUUUCGAAGGUAAUUAUGGAUUAUUUGGUGUCACAUCUGAGCCUAAAGAGAUAAUGGGACGUGUCUUAAAGACAACCGAACAAGAAGAUAUUGCAUUCCACCUGUUCCAUCUCUUGUGCAAAAGCGCAACUGCCACGGAAACCUGUCUGGACAUAAUACCCUCAUGGAACGAGCAGGAAAGCCUGUCCUUAGUAGAAAGACUUACACAUUUGUACGACGAGAGAGGCGAGAAGAUGGCACAAAGGGAUUUAGACAAAGAACUAGAAGUUGGAUUAAAAAUCCUGCCAUUUGCUGCAAGAAAAUUUCCAAACUCUGCCUCUAAGACCAUCAGUUUUCUCGAGAACAUUAUUGAACACAACUGUGGGCACGAGGACAACAUGAGUCUAAAACAACUUCCAUUAUGGUACAUGGAGAUGACAAAAGCUGGAUAUGAUCCACAGGCAAUAGAGUCGUGGUGCACGAGCUUAGUUCAUACACAGGACCUCUCUUCGCGGGAUGUUGAUGCUAUAACAAACAUGACUCCAGAAAAUAUUAAGCUUCUCAAUAAGGAAUCAGAUGUAGUUGGAAAGUGCUUGUUUUCAGUGGAGACCACUAAGACUAAAGAGUAUUUUAAACAUCGCUUGAUCCUUGAUUGCAAGACUCCUAAAUGAACUUGCUUCGAUUGCAAAUGAGCUGAAA